AUGCGUUGGUCCGCCAUCCUCGCGGUCAGCUCGGCCGCUUUCGGCGCGGUUGCCGUCGCCGGCCCAGCCAACCAGGAGUACAGCAACUACUACGGCGAGCAAGAGAAGCGCGGUGCCGAACAUCACCAUCCCCAUCCGCCCAGCAGCAGUUCAGUGUGGUCUGCUCCUGCCUCGUCGUCGUCUUCGGCCUGGUCCGCACCUGCCUCGUCUUCGUCCCCUGCGUUGUCCGCUCCUUCCUCUUCCUCUUCUGUGUCGUCGGCCCCUGCUUCUUCCUCUGCAGCUUCGUCCUCCGCAGCUUCUUCCUCAGCGCCGGCCAGCAGUGCCAGCGUGUCGAGCAUCUCCAGCGCGGCCAGCAUCUCCAGCGCGGCCAGCAGUGUCUCGAGCGUGGUCUCCAGCAGCUCUGCCAGCUCUGUCAGCUCCGCGUCGUCGGCUUCCGUCUCUUCGGUUUCCUCGUCGGUGAGCAGCAUCAUCAGCAGCAUCGCCAGCAGCAUCUCCAGCAGCAUCUCCAGCGGCUCCUCUGCCUCCAUCUCCUCUGCCCCGGCGUCCUCUUCCUCGUCGGCUUUGUCCGUCUCGGGCUCUUCGUCCGCGCCGUCGGCCAGCAGCUCCCUCUCUGGCUCGGCCUCUGCGUCGAGCUCGUCGGCGUCAGCCUCUUCAGCGUCUUCGGCCUCGUCGGUGUCAUCGGCGUCCGUUUCGUCUUCCUCGUUUUCUUCCAUCUCGUCGCGCUACCACAACAGCUCGUCUGUCUCCGUCAGCUCCACUCCGGCGCCCCCUCCACCGACCACAACCGUGACCAACACAGAGACCAUUGAGACCACGGUCAGCUGCGACACCACGACCUACACGUCGGGCGGCCAGACAUACACGGAGACGCACACCACCACGCUCACCAUCCCCUGCCACCACUGCACCACCAAGACAUACACGUCCGGUGGCGCGACCUACACAACUGUCAUCCGCACGAGCACUGUGACGGAGAGCUGCAUCACGUCGACGUAUACCUCCAGCGGCCACACGUACACCACGACCAUUACCCUCGGUGGUGGUGGCGGUGGCGGUGGCGGUGGCGGUGGAGGUGGUUCUUACACGACGACCACAGCCCACGGUGGUGGUGGUGGUGGUGGUGGUGGUGGUGGUAGUGGCGGCGGCGGCGGCAGCUCGCCCACAACGACCACGGCCUGCGCCUGCUUCACGUCCACCGCAUGUGUCAUUGUCGGCCAGACCGUCCAGGCUACGGCCGUGGCGGACUGUCUGCUGGUCGGCGUCACGGUUGUCGACGCCAACAUUACCGACUCCGUGCUGGUGGACGCCACCGUCAAGGGCGGCUCUGUCCUCCGCGGCGUCCGCUUCACGGGCGGCUCCGUCAAAGACUCGUAUGUCCAGCUCGCCCUUCUCCAAAACGUGACCGUCGCCGACAGCGUGUUGUAUGAGGUCGGCGUGCAGGGCGCCGAGCUGGUCAAUGUAUCCGGUUACGACGUGUACGCCCAGGGCGCCGUGCUCAGCAACGUCACCGUGUCCGGCGUGGGCUACGUGCAGAGAGCGAGCAUCGUCCACGGCGGCUCGUACGCCGACACCGAUCUCAGCGGUGUGUACGUCGGCACGGGCGCCUCGUUGGGCGCCGGGGUGCAGCUGCAGGACUACACGCUGGCGGACGGCGUGGCCAUCGCGGCCGACGUCCUGAAGCAGGGCCAGCGGGCGUGA